ACUACAUACUUCCAGGCCGCGUCUUCAUCACAUGCUCACCACUGUUCGCCAGUCACCACCCCCCAACAAAGGCUCAGGCCACAGGGAGAAGCGGGUCCGUAGAGGAAGUAGUAGUGAGCAGGAAUUUGAUGACGACAUUCGACUUUGUAUCGUGGAUUCCGGAAUGAAUGGCGAUCUUUCGAACGACACCCAAGACAGCAGCACUAGUCAUGACACGGCGGACCUACGACACGACGAAGACAGCGUCGAUUCGGACAAAGCGCUUAACCUGGCUAUGGACGAAGACGACGACGAGGAGGACGACCAGGACGAGCCAAUCGACGCCACCAUGCCAUCUCGGGCCACGACCAACGGCCAGUCGGCCAGCCCCCACCACCACCCGACCAACAAUGGACACCACCCGAGCACAUCGAGUUCGAUGGCCGCCUCGCCGUCCGCCAUCGUCAGCACGACGGCGGCAGCGCUGGCCGCCGCCGCCGCGGCGGGGCAGCUAUCGCUCAACCAGUUGUUAGCAGCAGGGGCUCAGGGACAACAACAGAUGCUUAUGCAAGCGGGUCUUGCACAGCAGUUACAGCAAGUAGGAAAGUUGCCUGUAAACUCAGGUUUAGGUGGUAUGCAGCUGAGUCCACAAGAUUUACAACAGUUGCAACAGCAAUUACAGCAACACAGUCUUCAGAGUAUGCAACCUUUUGUUUUCCUCCAGCCUGGCCAAAUACCUGCAAAUGUGCAGGCUCAACUUUUCCUACAAAACCAGGGCCUUCUUCAGCAGGGUCUGAUGCAGCAGAGUCUUCAGAACCUUCAACUCCAGGCCAGUCAAGCGGCCGUUUCUCUACCUCAGGGAGUGCUGUCCUCUCAGGCUGCAGCCACUGUGGCUGCUGCUGCCGCGGCUCAGCAGCAGUUUCAGCAAAUGCACCAACAGUCACAGCACCACCAGCAACAGACACAGUCUCACCAGCAGCCGCGACCUCAAGCGCCUCCACAGCCGCCCCCACCCCCUUUGCCCCCCUCGUCCCUACAGUCCUCACAGCCUGUCAUUAUCACCCAAGCACAAAUGCCGCCGACACAAAAGAGUCCAGUUCACCAAUCAAAACCUAGACCUACUGAACCAAGUCCCGAAGAAAUGACAGACUUAGAAGAGCUAGAACAGUUCGCAAAAACUUUCAAACAGCGGAGAAUCAAACUUGGCUUCACCCAGGGCGACGUGGGGCUGGCGAUGGGCAAGCUGUACAACAACGACUUCAGCCAGACGACCAUCUCUCGGUUCGAGGCGCUCAACCUGAGCUUCAAGAACAUGUGCAAGCUGAAGCCGCUGCUGCAGCGGUGGCUGGAGGACGCGGACGCGUCGCUGAACAACCCGGACGCGCUGAGCAGCGCGCACACCACCUCCGAGUCGAUCGGGCGGCGGCGCAAGAAGCGCACCAGCAUCGAGACGACGGUGCGGCUGGCGCUGGAGAAGGCCUUCCUCCAGAACCCGAAGCCCACCUCCGAGGAGAUCUCCAUGCUGGCCGAGCAGCUCACCAUGGAGAAGGAGGUGGUGAGGGUCUGGUUCUGCAACCGCCGCCAGAAGGAGAAGCGGAUCAACCCUCCGACCAGCUGUUCCAUGUCCGGCUGCGGCUCGCCGCUCGUCUCCCCGGUCACCCCGGCCAUGCCCAUGGCCCUGGCCCUGCCCCAGCCACGCUCCCCGGUCACCCCGACCGACCUCUCGACCACGUCGAUGCUGGCCUCCACGCCCACCGGCAACGCUCAACAAGCUACCUCAGCGGCCGCCACCAGGGUGUCCGCCAUCGUCUCGCCACCCACGCUCAAGAGCGAGUAGUCGUUCUUCCUAUAGAUUAUUAUUAUUUACGACUCUCUGCAACAGUUCCUAUAACAACAAAAGAAAUUCAU